CAACGAACUUAUACAUAAUGAAAUAUUUUGGAGGAAUAGAAGGUGGAGCAACACACUCACAUUUAGUGAUCUGCGAUGAGAAUGGAGAGUGUUGCGCUAUAACCACUGGCCUUGGAACUAAUCAUUGGAUGGUUGGAAUAGCAGAAUGUGCAAGACGCAUAGCUGAUAUGGUAGAGCGAGCAAAAAAUGAUGCCGGUAUACCUCAGGAGACACGUUUAACCAGUUUAGGUCUAAGUUUAAGCGGUUGUGAGCAGCAAGAAUCAAAUCGUGAGCUUUCGCUGGAACUGCGUAAUUCCUUUCCCGACAUCUCAGAUAGCUAUGUUGUUUGCAGUGAUACUAUGGGCAGUGUUUUCACUGCCUCUCCAAUCGGUGGCAUGGUUGUUAUAUCCGGAACUGGUUCAAAUGCUUUGCUAAAAAAUCCUGAUGGUAGCACACACAAUUGCGGUGGUUGGGGACAUUUUCUAGGCGAUGAGGGUAGUGCCUGGCAUAUAUCGCAUCGCGCCAUGAAAACAGUCUUCGAUGAUAUGGACAAUUUUGCAAAAUCACCUUACCCGGUGGAACGUAUUUGGGAGCUAAUACAGCAACAUUUUAAUAUAAAAACUCGUUUGGAUUUAUUGCCUCAUUGCUAUGCAAAAUUUGAUAAAUCAUUCUAUGCUAGUCUCUGUAAGAAGUUAGCACUUGUCGCCGUUGAAGAGGACAACGAACUGGCGAAAUCUCUAUUUACCGAUGCCGGUCGACAAAUUGCACGCAGCAUAACUGCACUAUUGCCAAAAGUCAGUCACAGCCUAGUUGACUCAGGUGAAUUGAAUAUUGUGUGUGUCGGUUCAGUUUGGCAUAGUUGGCAAUUGCUACGUGAGGGUUUUAUCAAAGAGCUCAGUCUAUAUACGGUACCAUUUCGCUUGAAUCUAGUCACUCUAACAAAAAGCAGCGCUUACGGUGCUUGUUACAUGGGUGCUGAUGCAAUUCAGUACGAUUUAGCUAGAAAUUAUUCCGACAAUGUCAAGAUCAUGUUCCAAUAUACGUGCAAAAACAGUGCCAAAGCGAAUGGCAACGGUUAUUGCCAAUCCAAUGACAUUCCACCUGAAGGCAGGGUAUAAUUUAUGCAGUGUUAGCAGUGGAACUGAGAAAGUAAAGUGUCAAAUCGCACCGUUUGCAUAAUAUAUAUGCAAAACUACAGAACAAUAACAAAAAAAGACAUUCCAGUUGUAGUAUUUGUUAAUAGAAAAUUAU